AUGGACGAGAUGAUCUCAAUGCCGAUCUAUUGGCCUGACGGUCUCGGUAUCACCUCACGACUGGGACCGAUGGCAAUACUCCUUGCUGUGUCUCUGAUCUUUGCUCUGAUGACAGUACUGGCUUCGAUCAUUACAUCAAAGCACCUUGCUAAUAAACGGAUUCCGUUCGCAACAGGGAGCUGCCUGCUUUCCAUCCUGUACCAGCAAUACCAAUUCGUGGCUAAUGGUCCCGAGCUGAUCAAGAGGGGAUAUUCCCAGUUCUCCGAUGGCUUGUUCGAGAUCCCACGCACUUUCCGCUUCGGACAGAUCAUCCUCUGCAAGCCGGAGCUGAUCGAGGAGCUAAAGAACACCAGGAGUACAGUUACCUCUCCCGAGCCAUGGAUUGACCAGUUGCUGCAGAUAUCCCAUGUCAUGCCAGGAUAUUUCCCAAAGGGAGGCGGCUGGCCUGCCAUUGCCAGAACAACACCGGGCCUUAUUCGCGGGACGGUUUACAAGCAAUUGGACCAGUAUGAGCCCUCGAUGAAUGACGCUAUUCUUUCUCAGCUGGACCUCCUUGAGUUCAAGAACGGCGAAUGCAUGGUCAACUGCUUCGAUUUCGCAUACUCGGUGGUUGCCCGUAGUGGAAGCUUUGCCAUGGUUGGCUCACGACUCUCCCAAGACGAGGAAUAUCUCAAAGCUGUCAAAGAUCAUAUUCUGGGAAUGAUUGUGACGACUCGAGUCCAGUUCCUGAUACCAGAUUGCCUCAAGAGAUAUGUCGGCGGCUUCGUCAGUCGAUUGAUCUCGCUGGGCACACGAUGGAAUAUGCACACUUCGCGCAAAAUCCUGCUAAAGCAUUUCGACGCACGCGCUGCAGAGUACCGCAAUGAGAUAAACGGUGGCGAUAAUAUGAAUCAGGCCAAUCCCGAACAGACGCACAAGCCAAUUGACGAUUUCCAGGUCGAGAUAUUCCGCUGGCUCUACGAAAGCUCAGUUCUCCGCCAACGAUGGACCUACUCCGAAGUAAUCGGAGAAAUGCUCCUUCUACAAUUUGCGUUCAUCUAUACAACUGCCUACGGUCUCUACGGCGCAUUGGCCGAGCUAGCGCAGCAUCCACAGUACAUCCAGCCUCUCCGCGAAGAAAUUGAAAGCGUCCUCGCCGCAUGGGGAGCGACCGUCACUGGUUGCGAUCGAAUGAUUCUGCUCGACUCUUUCAUGAAAGAGUGUCAGCGCCUGCAUCCACCUGCAGCCAUAUCUGCUCACCGAGUCUGUAUUUCUGAGCUGAAGCUCUCCAACGGCAUCGUGCUUAAACCAGGAACGCACGUCGGGGUCCCAAGCGGGCGGAUCCAGCGCUCUCCUUCCAGCUAUGAACACCCUGAAACCUUCGAUGGAUUCCGAUUCGCAAAGCGCGCUGCAGCGGGUGCUUCAAACACGCGGCUAGUUGACCUGAGCCCCGAUUAUCUCGUCUUCGGGAUGGGAGUGCAUGCCUGUCCGGGUCGAUGGAUGGCAAGUGCGCUCAUGAAACUCGUCUUUGCUCAUAUCUUGCUGCAUUUCGAUGUCCUGCCUGGUUCGGCGGGGCCAUUGACGGGGUCGCUUUCCUUCGAGGAAUUCUAUGUACCUAAUUUCGGGUUGAGGAUACGCCUGCGACAGAAGUGA